AUGCUCCCCUCAUCCUCACAUCGCGGAGCGGAAGACGCGGCCGAAUCCCUGGCGACUUCUGCUCCUGCUGUCGCCCUAAAUGCCAUUGACGCUCUCUCCGUGUCGGAGCUGCGCGCUGGGAUGCAACAAUUUCUCCGCUCGAGUGGCGCUUUAGGGUCUCUGAAGACACAACUUCGUAGUGUCAUCGUUUCUGAGUUGUUGAAACGACGGGGGCCUUCCCAAAAAUCUUCAGCAGUUCGACACACGCGUGAUGCGGAACACGAAGAGGAUGAGGUCGAGGAUGAUGGUUGGACCCAACGCCUUGCAGACGCGCUCGUGGAAGGUCACCUACGACACACGGGCCGCUCCUUUUCACUGGCCAUCUUCAGCAGCGAGGCGGACGUCUCAUUCGGAUCGAGUGGAGACGAUGCACUGGCGGGAAUGCUGCACCUCAACACAUCCGUGGCGUUACGACGGAGGACAAGUCUUUUGCAUUCGGUCCUGGAGAUAUAUUUGCGGCAGAUGGGUGACAAACGUGGACAGCCGCCAGGGUACGCGGUAGGGACGCAGACCGACAUGUGUGAAAAGGAACUGUCACCGCCACCACUCGAGCUUCGUCUGGCCGCUGUGGACGCGAAGUAUGCACUUAGUUUUUCACGUCUUCGUGAAUCGACACGGGAGGAAGUGGAUCGUCGUAUGGCCGUCUAUCGAGAAGAGCUCCGGGUGCAGAUGGAGCAGGGGUACCAGCAGCGGCUGCGAGCAUUUGAGCAACAGCAAUUAAAUGAGGCUCGACGAGCCGCUGAGGAGCACUACGGGGUUCUGUUGCAACACAAAAUGGAGGAGAUGCGAGAGUUGGAACGGGUGAGCGUGCAACGCAUAGAGGCUGAGCGGGCACGGCUAGGGCAGGCCCGUGAUGAUCUGGAGAUUCAGCGCGUUGAACUGGAACGGCGACAUCGUGACUUGCAUGGGCUUCUGGAAGAACGUGAUAAAGCGAUUGCCGCAACAGAGGGUCGACUGCACGAUGCGAAACAGCAGAUAAGUCUAUUGACCACUCAGUUACGAAAAUACGAGGAGCUUUGUGGUGUUAGACUUGCCGAGGCAGACGCUGCGCGAGAUCGUGAAUGGAGGAGAGUAGAGGACUUGCGUCGUCUUCAAGCCGAGCAUCUUGCGGAGUUGCAACUGAAGGAUGAAGAGAUCAGCCGCUUGCGAUUUCGGCUGAAGUCAAUCCUUGCAAACCACGGCGUCACCAGCUGGCGGGAAGAGGCGGGAGAAGAGGGUGGGCGAGAGCAGGCAAACACUAUUCGUGAGGCGUUCACACGGGCCAACGCAUUUCAAGAACGUGUUUCUGCCGCGUAUCAUGUCCCGUCACAACAAAAGCAGCAAGCGAGCGAAACCUGGCAUUCCACAUGGCAGCCCACUGUGCUCCCGGAGUUGGAAAAGGCGGUGGCGGUGGACGUAAAAAGUCAUUCCACAGAGCCGCAGGUUGUGCCCCAGUUCAAGACAUGCGUUUCCGCGAGCCAUCAGGAGCAACAAGAAGAAGAACAGCAACAACCGCAAGAGCAGAAGAAAGAGGAAGUGAAGGAAACUAUUGCGCCAUUUUCUCCUCCUAAUACGACUCUUGUGGCUACUGUUGCUGAACCUGUCAAAACCGCUACGGAUUCCACCUCACCACAUCACCAGCUUGUCGGUAUGACAGUGUCGUCUCAGGAGUUUGGAGGGAAGGAGGGUAAUGGAGAAGGGGAACGAAAGUAUAGUGUAGGUGAAGAACACAGCAGCAGUGGUAGCUGCAAGAAGGGCGGGAAGGUGGUUGCUGUUAUGAAGGGGACGUCAUCUUCAUCCUCAUUUUCUUGCGCAAACCCAAAACAAUCCCGCGACUCCGCUAUUUCUGACGAUUUGAAGAUUCAAUCAGCAUCAUCAUCUUCACCCAACUCGUCUGUACAUUCCUCUUCUUUGAAGUCAGCACCAGUGGGCAACCAAGCAUCCAUCAUCACCGCUACCGCCGCCACCGCCCCUCCAAUAGAAGAGGGACGGGAUGCUCUGUAUGAGGAAGAGAAGAGAGGACGCACUGUCGUUGAAGCCGAUGAGGACACAGCCCGCCGUGGAAUUGUGUGGGCUUUCAAGGCGCAGCACACGGUGUUGUUGCAACGACAAACUGCAGAAAGGAAAGAAAGGUACGACGACGGCGGUGGGCGUGGCACCUCGUCGUUGGACACCUACAUCGCCCAGGCUCGUCAACGCCAACAGGCAACAGAGAGUAUCAUGAUUACGCGUGACUCCGACGACGAUGUUGACAGUGACAUUCUCUUUGGUAAAAGGGAGAGUAGUGAGGAGUCGUUUUAA